GGGCUGGGCUGGGCUGGAUGGCUGUGGCGGCGCGUCCCGGCCAGUGAGGCGGAGGGAGCGUCGGGCGACCUGAGGAAUACCAUCCUCUAUCAUUAUCAAUAAGACUGGUAUGGGUAAUGGUGUGAAAGAAGCCUCUGUGGGUUUAAAAGAGAAGGAUGUGAAGACCAUUCGACCAGUUAAUGGUGAAGAUGAUAAAAAAAAAGUUCUCAACUCCUUAUUAUCCGGGGCAUUGGCAGGAGCUCUUGCUAAAACUGCGGUAGCUCCACUGGACAGAACCAAAAUCAUCUUUCAAGUGUCUUCAAAAAGAUUUUCUGCCAAGGAAGCCUUUAAGCUCAUCUACUUCACCUACCUCAAUGAAGGCUUCUUCAGCUUGUGGAGAGGCAAUUCUGCCACCAUGGUCCGGGUGAUCCCCUAUGCUGCCAUCCAGUUUAGUGCCCACGAAGAGUACAAAAUGAUGCUGGGCCGUUACUAUGGCUUCGAGGGCGAUGCUUUGCCCCCUUGGCCAAGGCUUGUUGCUGGUGCAUUGGCUGGUAUGACUGCUGCUUCUAUCACCUAUCCACUGGAUUUGGUGAGAGCCCGGAUGGCUGUGACACCAAAGGAAAUGUACAGUAACAUCUUUCAUGUCUUCAUCCGGAUGUCCCGUGAAGAAGGUCUAAAAACUUUGUACAGGGGCUUUAUGCCAACAAUCCUCGGAGUCAUUCCUUAUGCUGGGCUGAGCUUCUUCACCUAUGAAACAUUAAAGAAACUUCAUCGUGAACACAGUGGACGAUCACAGCCAUAUCCCUUUGAGCGAAUGAUUUUUGGUGCAUGUGCUGGCCUCAUUGGCCAGUCAGCCUCCUACCCGCUAGAUGUUGUACGGCGACGGAUGCAAACAGCAGGAGUAAAGGGUCAGACUUAUGAUAGCAUCAUAUGCACCUUGCAAGACAUUGUCAGGGAAGAGGGAGUCAUCCAAGGUUUAUACAAGGGACUGAGCAUGAACUGGCUUAAAGGCCCAAUAGCGGUGGGAAUCAGUUUUACCACUUUUGACCUAAUGCAGAUUCUUCUUCGUAAAUUAGAUGAUGCUAGUUGUAACCGGAGUUAAUGCUCUAAUGUUCAGCUACCCAGAUUACUUACUGAAGCACAUGUGUAUAUGUAGAAAAUGCUAGUACUAUCCCCUACAUUAUUGUGAAAUGUGAUCUGAAAUUUACUUUAUUGUUUUGAAUAAUUGAGUUUGCAGUUCUGAAAAGAUGCACUUACAAUUGAUCUUCUCUAACACCAAGUUCUCUUAGAGCAGCAAGUAAUCUUUGAGCUCUGGGCAGCAUUUGUCCUCCGAAUUCUUCCCCUUGAAGAUGUUUCUAACCCUCAAAUUAGUGAAGAGGACUAUGCUUCUGAAGCAGGCUCAGAGCACAUCCAGGAAUUAGGAGGAUAUCCUAAGAUGGUCACUGUCUGAGAGGUGUUUAGGGAACACAACUUAGUAUUUGGUUUUAAACAUCCUAUAAAAUGCAGUAUUUCACUUUUGAAAGUUUGGUUGUCUAUUAGAUAGCUGAAUUGAGGUUAAUAUUCUUUUGAAAGGAAAAAUUCAGAGUUCUGUUAUUCAUUUUUUUUAAAUUGGUCCCUGGAAGGGAGAUGGAUUCAUCAAAAUCAAGGAUCCCAAAUGAUUUCUUGUCCAAGGUCUAGGACUUUUUGGAUUUAAUCUGUCCAUGCCUCUGAAGAAGGUAAAUAAGAUUAGAGGGUCUGUAGGACCGGCUUAAGUUUCUUCUCAUGAGCUGUUGGAAGUAGGUAAAGGUAAUCCUUUUCUCCAAUGGCAUGUGAUGAAUGUACUUUGAGCCCUCCUAAGUCUUGAGAAGCUGUUACCAGAAAGUAAGUGUAGAUUUCCAUAAAUACCAUAUCCCUGACCCUCCUCAGAUGCUUUCAUUCUUGGUAUAGUAUUGUCUGUGUGAAUACCAUAGACUUCCAAAUUUCCCUAGAAAUGUCAAAGUUUUUGAGAUUUUAAACAGGGAAUUUUGUAAACUUGAAAUUCAUAGGUCACAUCCUUCAUUGAAUAUAAUUGCUGCUAAGUGACCAACUUAAAGGAGAAUUCAAUCUCUCACCAGACAUGGCAGAUCAAGGAAGGUGAAUCCUUGUUGUCUUCGGCGCUCUCGCAUAAAUAUGCUUCUUUACAGUGGUGGAUAGACCAGCUUCUGUACUUCAGAUGGAGCAGGCUCAUCUUGAAUUUGCUCAUAGAAAAUGAUGCCCUCUGAGAGGCCCCUCCCACAGUGACCCACAGUCGUUUAAGAGCCGCCUGAUCUCAUUGCUCAGGUGCCUUAUUUUCCCAGCUCUAAGUGGGCCAUGGAGCCUGAAGAACAAGGCCUACUAAUGUGCUGCUCCAAAGAGUUGGCAGUACACUGUGGUGCUUAGAAUGUCCACUGUGAUAUUUCCUGGGGAGAUUUCUCACCCCUGGCUUAGCACCUCCCCCCAAACACAUACUUUUAAAGGAAAGGGGAACUUAUCAAAUUAUUCUAAGCUAAAUCUUAGAGCACAAGAAGCAUAAGAGAAUGUCCCAUAUCCUGAAUGACCCCAGGAUCCCACAGUGAGGAAGUACAUGCCCAGCUCACACCAGGAGUAGGAAGGUGCCUGGAAGAUUUUCUUCUCCUGGAGGGUUGCUGCUCAGAUGGGAAGGACUGUGUGUGGCAAACCACAGGGUGCAGAGAAAGGCCUUUUCCGAUGUAGGUAUUUUUAACUGUGUGAUUUUUUAAAGGUCAGAAUCUGUAUCAUGACUUCAUUAGUAUAAAAUGAACAUCAUUGAACAGUCAGUGAAAUUUGAAUGCCCUUGUGUUUGGUUCUGAUUUUGUACUCUGGACAGAAAUUGCUUUAAAGCCAAAUAGCCAAUGUGAUGAGUUCCCAUUUUGCAAUCAAGUUCCACUCAGCCAAGGACAAUCAGCUUGGAUAUUUAAGUAUUCCUCUAUCUCUGUAAAGUUCAGUAGCUAUACUUUCAGAGUCCUGGUGGUUAAGUUUCCUAUUACUGGGAAGGUGUCCUUGGUGAAGCAUUGACUUUCUAGGUGGUGGUAUAGGAAUAGUGAGGUUCUCUUCUACCUGGUAUGUGAAGUGCCAUUCCCAGACCUCUUGAGAAGAAUGAACUGUCCUCUUCUGAAAGGCGGACUGGAGGAAGGGGAGGGUAGUCUGUCCCCACUGAGCCAACCUCCAGCCCAGCACCAUCUCAUAUGGUUCUAGGCACCUGGGAAGCCAAGGCUUCUUUUGAGUGGCCCCUUUUGAAAGUCUUGUACUGUGUUCAUGUCUGAGUGCUGUGUUUUGACACCCCCUUCCAGUAUUGCUUCCCAGUCUGUCUUUGGAAAAAGGAAAGUAUAAACUUCUGGGAUCCACAGGAUUUUGUGUCAUGUUUUAAAAUAGAGAUAGAGAAGAGGGGAGCUUAAAUUUGACUCUGUCACUGUUUGCUGACCUGAAAUGAGAUCACAUCUGGGCAAUCUCCAGCAGGUCAUCAUGGUCCCCUUCAGAAGUAUAAACUGGAAUUGAAAAAAGAUGGACUUUGGGGGAAGCCCAGGAUGGUGUCUUUACUGAACAAUAAAUUUGAAAAUCCUCCUACAAUGCAAUAACAGUAAUAGUGGACCUUAGAUACUCAUUUCCAUAUUUUCUUUCCAGUAAAACAUUUCCCUGAUCCUCAUGUUUAUUCACAUGACAGACUUAAUCAUUUUAAUCCCAUUUCCUGAAAUAGUUUUGGUCGGGGUUUGGGGGGAACUUUGCACAAGUCUUUGUGUAUGAAAGUAGCUGAGAUGUGUGUGUGUGUGUGUGUGUGUGUGUGUGCGCGUGUGUGUGUCUUAUAUGUAUGUUAAAUAAGGAUUUUUUUUUUCCUUGCCCAAUGCUUGCCUUAUGGGUGUGAAGAGCCUUCUCUGUGUUCAUACUUUGCAUGGGUGUUCCUGUCCUGUAAUUUCAGUCUUGCCUGAACAGAGGGGACAGAAAUAGACCAUCAUCCUCAUGGGGGAGAAGUCUUUCACUCCCCCAAGCUGCAGGCUUCAUGUUUGAAGGCAAGAGCUAUAUUGUUCACACCACCUUCUCCCUCGUUUUCUGAGCUCAGCUCAUUCUCCUAUAUUGGCCCAGUAUCUUCCUUUCUUUGUGGGUUUGUUGUUGGAGAUUUUGCUGUACUCUGGCCUCUUGUACAUUCUCUGCCAAGCACAUAAUGUUACAUUAUCCUGUUAUGUCUCCUCUGACCUCAGUACUCUAGGGGAUUUUGUUACCCAGGAGGCAUUUUGGCCAUGCUGCACGUGUCCAAGGAAGAGCAGUUUUGACACUGUUGUCUGCCCCUGUUUCAUGGAAGCAAAGGCUAUCAGUAAGAGUCUGUCCUUUAAGGAGUUUACUGUAAGGAUCCCGUGCACAUCCUGAGCCUGAAGGGCAAAAAUCCAAAGCAAAGCCCUUCCUUCUGUGGAAAUGGAGCGUUCAAAAAGGUCAUUUUUUCUUCUCAAGAUUUGUCCGUGGCACCCAUGUACACUUUCAGGAUUAGACAUCUUCCCGGUCAGAUUUUCGAAGGGAAGAUCCAGGAACACCAGCACCCUCGCCUCUUUGUCCUGCUGUGGCAGCUGCCUCCCUUUUGGGCUUUUUAGUCUGCAGUGCUGUAUAUGGGUCUAGCAGCUGCUGAAGCCCAGCCAGAUCACAGAAAUGUGACACUGGACAUUUGAAGCCAGGUUACCAUCCAUUCCCUCGUACUGUGGUUGAGCUAAGCUUUAAUGGAAACUCUCGACAUCUCUGAAAGGGAAAGUAUAGCCAAUGGAGACAUUUUCUUCAUUGGAGAAUUUUUAGGUUCUUUGCUGAGCAGUUUGAUGUGGAGGUUGAAUGAACCUGGUUAGUUUAGCCUGCUUUAGGCAGUAAUCCACCCUAGAAAUCAGUUUCCCGAGAGGAAGAGCGGGAGGAUGUGGACCUGACCCAGGGGGAACGUGGCAUUUUGUUCUUCAGCUGCGAUGCUGUCUCAGAACCAGUGAACCUAACAGUGGGAGUGAGCGAGCGAGAGGUGCUUUGUAUGCAUGCAUGAGUGGCCUCUGUGAGCGAGCACUUCUUGGAAAAAGUGCAAUUUCCAGAAUUGGAUCAGACAGAAAGAUUUUGGUCCUGAAACCUUUCAAGAGCUUUAGAAUCAGGUACUCUCGGGCCCUUUAGGGCCUCCCUAUGCUGCGUUUCUGAAUAACCAACUCCCUGAUGCCUGGUUUUCCCCAAAUGCUGUGUUUUGCAGGGACUUGACACUGUUGUCCACCUAGCUUGCCUAUGCACCUAAUACGUGACAUUGUUAAAUGCCUUUUGUAAAGAUGUGUUAUUGCUGUCCGUGUGUCAAUUUUGAUUGCUUUUAUUGGUCUGGAGUUAUAUUUUGAUGCAGUGAAGAUACUUUGUUUAUAUAUAUAUAUAUAUAUAUAUAUAAUGUUUAUAUUUUAAGAUU